AUGGCCAAGAUCGCUAUCGUCUUCUACUCUAUGUACGGCCAUAUCCGCAAGAUGGCGGAGGCUGAGAAGGCUGGCAUUGAGAAGGCUGGCGGCACUGCCGAUCUGUUCCAGAUCGAGGAGACCCUUCCCGCCGAUGUGCUUGCGAAGAUGCACGCCCCCGGCCAGUCGACCGACAUCAAGAUACUCUCUGACCCUGACACACUGAAGGAGUAUGACGGCUUCCUGUUUGGUAUCCCUACUCGUUUCGGCAACUUCCCUGCCCAGUGGAAGACCUUCUGGGACAAGACUGGCGGUAUCUGGGCCACCGGUGGCUACGCUGGCAAGUUUGCUGGCGUGUUUAUCAGCACGGGCACUAUGGGCGGCGGCCAGGAGGUCACUGCUCUGAGCACGAUCAGCACGCUCACCCACCACGGCAUCAUCUUCGUGCCGCUCGGCUACAGUACGGCGUUUGGCCAGCUGGCCAGCAUGUCCGAGAUCCACGGCGGCUCGCCCUGGGGUGCGGGUACCUUUGCUGGUGGCGACGGCAGCCGGCAGCCUUCGGCGCUGGAGCUCGAGAUCGCGACGACGCAGGGCGAGUCUUUCUACAAGACCGUCGCCAAGUCGACCGGCAAAAGCUCGUCAGUUUCGGCACCGGCGGCGGCGAAGGCUGGUGCAGGUGUAAACUCGGCUUCAGGACAUGAUGCAACUGCGGCAAAGGCGGCUGCAGCACCGACGCCGUCGGAGAUGAAGAAGAGCACUGAGGGCUGGUGUCUAAAUGGUCACGUGCACGUCUUCUGCAUACCCCCAAAUCAGGCUGCUCUUUCCAAUCUGGCUGCUGCCUUUCUCGUGGCCAUGUACAACAUUGGGGGCAGACAAGGCAAAACUGUGCUGGAUGCUGCUGUCGGCUAG